GGUAUCCGCAGAGUGGAGCUGGGGGUGCUUGGAUCCUGAGCGAGAGCUGCGGGCUCGACGGCUGCAGCAGAUAUAAAGACCUGAAGGUAGUCUUUUCUCCAAAGAUGGAAAAGAGUACCACUGUCAUUUCACGGGAGGAACUGGAAGAGCUACAAGAAGCAUUUAAUAAAAUAGAUAUUGACAACAGUGGGUAUGUUAGUGACUAUGAACUUCAGGACCUGUUUAAGGAAGCGAGCCUUCCUCUGCCUGGAUACAAGGUGCGCGAGAUUGUGGAGAAAAUUAUAGCAGUUACUGACAACAACAAAGAUGGCAAAAUCAGUUUUCAAGAGUUUGUGUCACUGAUGCAAGAGUUAAAAAGCAAAGACAUCAGCAGGACAUUCCGCAAAACAAUUAACAAGAGAGAAGGAAUUACUGCUAUUGGAGGAACUUCAUCCAUUUCCAGUGAGGGCACACAGCAUUCUUAUGCAGAGGAAGAAAAAGUGGCUUUUGUUAACUGGAUCAACAAAGCCCUGGAGGAUGACCCUGAUUGUAAGCAUCUCCUACCCAUGAAUCCCAAUGAUGGCAGCCUUUUCAAAUCACUUGCAGAUGGCAUCCUUCUUUGUGUCACGGAAAACUUAAACCUAGCCCUGAAUUCUGCCUCAGCCAUCGGUUGCACAGUGGUCAACAUUGGUGCACAGGAUCUUAAAGAAGGAAAACCUCACUUGGUCUUGGGACUUCUCUGGCAGAUCAUCAAAGUUGGUCUUUUGGCUGAUAUUGAGAUUUCCAGGAAUGACGCUCUAAUUGCAUUGCUAAAUGAAGGUGAGGAUCUAGAAGAGCUGAUGAAACUUUCUCCAGAGGAAUUACUGCUGCGAUGGGUGAACUACCACCUGACCAAUGCAGGAUGGCGCACCAUCAAAAACUUCAGCCAAGACAUUAAGGAUUCAAGAGCCUAUUUUCAUCUGCUUAAUCAGAUUGCACCAAAAGGUGACCGGGGUGAUGAACCUGCCAUUACCAUUGACCUUUCAGGAUUUAAUGAGAAAAAUGACCUGAAGCGUGCUGGAUUCAUGCUUCAAGAAGCAGAUAAACUGGGCUGCAAACAGUUUGUUACUCCUGCAGAUGUGGUUUCAGGCAAUCCUAAACUUAAUUUAGCUUUUGUAGCUAAUCUGUUUAACACAUACCCGUGCCUACACAAGCCUGAUAAUGACAUCGAUAUGAAUUUAUUGGAAGGAGAGAGCAAGGAGGAGAGAACAUUUCGGAACUGGAUGAAUUCCUUGGGGGUCAACCCAUACAUUAAUCAUUUGUACAGUGACCUUGCAGAUGCUUUAGUGGUCUUUCAGCUCUAUGAAAUGAUCCGCGUGCCAGUCAACUGGAGCCAGGUCAACAAACCUCCUUAUCCUGCUCUUGGAGGGAACAUGAAGAAGAUUGAAAACUGUAACUAUGCAGUGGAACUUGGGAAGAAUCAGGCUAAAUUCUCCUUGGUUGGCAUUGCUGGGCAGGACCUAAAUGAAGGGAAUCCAACACUUACUCUGGCAUUGGUAUGGCAGCUGAUGAGAAGGUACACAUUGAAUGUGUUAUCAGAUCUUGGAGAGGGUGAAAAAGUAAAUGAUGAAAUUAUUAUUAAAUGGGUCAAUCAGACUCUUAAAAGUGCAAAAAAAAAUACUUCUAUAUCCAACUUCAAGGACAAAUCUAUUAGCACUAGUUUACCUGUCCUAGACUUAAUAGAUGCCAUUGCACCAAAUGCAGUUCGUCAAGAAAUGAUCAAGAGAGACAACUUAUCUGAGGAGGACAAGCUGAACAAUGCUAAAUAUGCCAUUUCAGUUGCUCGAAAGAUCGGUGCCCGGAUAUAUGCCUUACCUGAUGACCUUGUAGAAGUGAAACCAAAGAUGGUUAUGACCGUGUUUGCAUGCUUAAUGGGAAAAGGACUGAACAGAAUAAAAUAAUGAAACAUUUAAUAUGAUUUUCUGCCACAUUAAACACAUUGAAUGUCUCACAGUUUACAGAAUUCUGAAAUGUAGUGGGUAUAAAACCAGAGAUUAUUUGUAUGCUUAGACUAGUUGUAUAAUUCAUUAAUGAAUUCAAUAUCUUGUUCAUACUAGUUAGACUCUGUCAACAUUUUUGGAUAACACAAUUAAUUUACCAGUCAAUACUGAUAAUAAUAUGCUCAUUAUCAAGCUGAUAUUUCAUAAUUAAAUUAUUUUCAUUUUCUGAAAGUCUUAUUAAAACAAAACUAAUUCAUUCUUUUUCAUGGUU